AUGAACAAGGAUUCCACAUUCACGUACGUGCACAUGCGCGAGCCGCGCCACGCCGACCUCUUCGAGGACUUCUGCCGCGACCGCCUGCCCGAGGACGACAUCUACGUCCCGCCGCAGCACCAGCCCGUCAACCCGGAGGACGAGGACGACGUCGUGCCCGACCAGCACGCCGCCUUCGGCAUCCAGCGCGCCACGCAGAAGACCCGCGAGCCCGCCUGGAAGGACCUCGGGCUGGGCGACCUGAUGAAGAAGGGCCCGCCUCCCCCGGGCGCGGGUGGUUCCAGCAGGGGCGCCGGCACCGGGUCGUCGCGCUCGCGUCCGUCAAAGGCGCUACCGAGGUGA